AUGCCGCCGCGUGAGAAGGACGUGUACUUUGCCACUCGGCUCCUUGUGGGCUGUGCUGACUCGCGGUGUCUGACGGCUGACGAGCAGUGUUUUGAGGCCAAGCUUGCCGAGCAGGCAGAGCGCUACGACGAGAUGGCCGAUCACAUGAAGAAUGUGGGCAAUGCAGACAGCGAGCUUUCCGUGGAGGAGCGCAACUUGCUGUCUGUGGCCUACAAGAACACUGUGGGCUCUCGCCGUGCUGCGUGGCGCAUCAUCACGAGCGUCAUGCAGAAGCUGGGGAAGGAGACGACCAAGGGCAACACGGAGAAUGCCGCCUAUGCAAAGGAGUACUGCAAGAAGGUUGAGGACGAGUUGCAGUCUAUCUGCGACACGAUCCUCGCACUUCUGGACGGCAAGCUGAUCGCAAAGGCCAGCAGCGGUGAGUCCAAGGUGUUCUACCAGAAGAUGAAGGCUGACUACUACCGCUACAUCGCAGAGUUCCGUGAUGGUGAUGCCAAGAGCAGUGCAGCUGAGAAGGCCCGCCAGGCCUACCAAGAGGCGCAGGCAGAGGACGUUGCCAAGAAAGAUCUGGCCGUGACGCAUCCCAUCCGCCUUGGCCUGGCCUUGAACUACUCGGUGUUCAUGUACGAGGUGUUGGGCAAUCCCGACGAUGCCUGCAAGAUGGCGCGCACCGCUUUCGAGGAUGCCAUUGCCGAGCUGGACAACGUGGCAGAGGACUCUUACAAGGACUCGACCCUGAUCAUGCAGCUUCUGAGGGACAACCUGACGCUGUGGACCUCCGACCAGGAGGGAGGACGUGUACUUUGCCACUCGGCUGUGAAGCAGUCAGCCAAGCUUGCCGAGCAGGCAGAGCGCUACGACGAGAUGGCCGAUCACAUGAAGAAUGUGGGCAAUGCAGACAGCGAGCUUUCCGUGGAGGAGCGCAACUUGCUGUCCGUGGCCUACAAGAACACUGUGGGCUCUCGGCGUGCUGCCUGGCGCAUCAUCACGAGCGUCAUGCAGAAGGAGACGACCAAGGGCAACACGGAGAAUGCCGCCUAUGCAAAGGAGUACUGCAAGAAGGUUGAGGACGAGUUGCAGUCUAUCUGCGACACGAUCCUCGCACUUCUGGACGGCAAGCUGAUCGCAAAGGCCAGCAGCGGUGAGUCCAAGGUAUUCUACCAGAAGAUGAAGGCUGACUACUACCGCUACAUUGCAGAGUUCCGUGAUGGUGAUGCCAAGAGCAGUGCAGCUGAGAAGGCCCGCCAGGCCUACCAAGAGGCAGAGGACGUUGCUAAGAAAGAUCUGGCCGUGACGCAUCCCAUCCGCCUUGGCCUGGCCUUGAACUACUCGGUGUUCAUGUACGAGGUGUUGGGCAAUCCCGAUGAUGCCUGCAAGAUGGCGCGCACCGCUUUCGAGGAUGCCAUUGCCGAGCUGGACAACGUGGCAGAGGACUCUUACAAGGACUCGACCCUGAUCAUGCAGCUUCUGAGGGACAACCUGACGCUGUGGACCUCCGACCAGGAGGGAGGACAGGCCUAA